AUGAUGACAGAAGGAGAAGAUAUUGAAGGGCCGCAAAAGGGACAGAUCCUGGAACGUCGUCACUACGCUGAAGGAGCCGCUGAGCACCAUUCUCAAGGCGGUGCACAAAAUCUGACCAUCUUUGCCAAACACAAGGUCGUCCGAGGCAAGGAAUCGCAAUUUCAGCAAUGGGCCAGGGAAAUCAAUGAUGUGCAGUCCAGAUUCGAAGGCUACCAAGGGGCCGAAACGAUUCGACCGACAACUUGCAAGUCGAACGAAUAUGUUAACAUAUUUCGAUUUGACAAUUACGAACACUUACAGCUCUGGAUGGAUUCUAAAGAGAGACAACAGCUUCUAGAACGCACCAACGAAUUUGACGAAGCACCUAUAGAAACAUCCUAUCAUUCCCUAGAGUAUUGGUUUGUGCAAGAUCAGAAGGGUAAGGAACCAGCCUCAGGGCCACCAAGUGAUGAAAAAAUGGUGGUCGUCACCUUUUUGUUGAUUUGGGUGCAAGUCCAUUUCCUUGGGCCAGCCUUUGGUGGUCUUGACAUACCCUUUUUGUUAGCAGAGGCCUUGACUGUCCUAGCAGUGGUGGUCCUAACUACCUAUAUCUUGAUGCCAGUUACUACAAAAUACCUUUUGAAUUGGUGGCUCUUUCCCAAACCGAACAAGGUCUGGUACUGCUUCGAUAAAAAAGAGAAGGAAGAUGGUGUGGUACCGCAGUCACAAAAUCUGGUUCAGAAACAUUCCAAAACAACAACAAAUUCAAGUCUAGACAAUGGUACCUCGCGAGAAUUUGCCUUCAAGUGCCCGGAUGCGACGGAUCAACAAGAAGUCGAAGAAGUUUGA